CGAGCGGCGAGUAGUUAUAGAGGGAUCAGUGGAGCGAGCUGGCGGUACCUUUGAUGGUGUGGUGAGCGGCUGAUCCCCCUCACUCGAGCAGCACCAGUGACCGCUGUCGGAGUCCGCUGUAGGUGUGAGAGAGAGAGUCGUGGCUUUAGUCUAGGCUCAGGGCGGCUCUGUUCAAAGGGCUUUAAACCUGCGAUACGUACAGGUGUCUCAGUGUGUGUAUCACACAACCUACUAUCGGCGUCUACUGCAGACGGAGUUUUUGAUGUUUUUUCCCCUAUUUAUUUUCUUCGCAGUGAUGUGUGAUAAAUUUACUUCUGAAAUAUUUAAUGAAUUUAAAAACAAAGUUUCAUUUGACAAAUUCCUAGGAGUAUAUGUGUGCGUGUUCUGCCAAGGAGAAAUAAUAUGUCGUAGGCAUAUCAGCUACUCGAAAUCAUCUUCAAAGAUGAACAUGUUUUAGAAUCAAUCACUGGGUCGUUGAAAGAUUUUUGUUGGAAGCAAUAAUUCGAUUUUUCGCGCGUGUGUGAAAGGGGUGUGUCCAAUGGAUCAAGGCACGUUAUUGACUGAAUUAGACCUGGAAUGUAUUUCAGGAUUUAACACAAAUUGGUGUACAUUGAUACGUGGGAUGGUCUCGUGACGUUAGGGCCCCUGACUUACUAUGACGAGGUUUGCCUCGUCCUUGGUGUGGAUCCUAGUCCUGUUUCACUACGCCAUGUGUCGCCCGGACAAGUCGCAAAGUCGCCACGACAUGGCUCUGGACGUUAACAAACUCGAAAGGCUGGGUCGUGUGGAUACCUUAAUGAAAUCCCUCAAAGACAUUGCCCAAAAGUCUCAUAACUGCGGCCUGAAAGAGAUCCCAAGGCUACAGCGACAUUUUCUCAAGAACGCCAGCAUCACGUGCAACGACGGCAGUCGCGCGGGGUAUUACAUUCGCAAAUCUUACGGGAGCAAGCGAUGGAUCGUCUUCCUGGAAGGGGGCUGGUACUGUUUUGACAGACCGAGUUGUCAGCUGAGGUGGGAAAGCAAGCAUAUGAGGUCACUAAUGAGCUCAAUGGACUGGCCGGAAAUCAGAGCAGGUACUGGCAUCCUUUCAUGGGAUCCAAAAGAAAAUCCGUACUAUUUCAACGCCAAUAUUGUUGUGGUUCCGUACUGUUCUAGUGAUUCCUGGACAGGCACGUCAAAGAGUUCGGAGGGAUAUGCAUUUCUGGGGUCUUACAUCGUAGAGGCUGUGAUACGAGAGCUGAUUCCCAAGGGACUUCAAAGGGCUCGGAAGUUGAUGCUGGCGGGGAGCAGUGCUGGUGGUACCGGUGUUCUGACCAACCUGGACAGGGUAGCUGACCUUAUGUCUAAACUGGCCCCGGCAGUGGAAGUGCGAGGGAUCGCCGACUCGGGCUGGUUCGUGGAUACCCCGCAAUAUCACGCCAGAGAGUGUACAGAGCCGUUUUCCUGCGCCCCGGCCGACGGCGUCAAACGUGGUAUCAAUUUGUGGAGAGGCCAGGUCCCUGAUGCCUGUAAAGCACAGUACCCUGAAUCAGAGCAUUGGAAAUGUUACUUCGGCUACAGGAUAUAUCCAACACUUAAAACUCCCAUAUUCAUUGUACAGUACUUGUUCGACGAGGCCCAAAUUACAGUCAAUAAUCUCAUCGACCAAUCACAGCUGGCUAUGAAUCGGGGAAACACGGUGUUCUCCAGGGGACAAUGGGAGUACCUUCACAAUCUUGGCGAACAUGUGAAAAGCACUUUACAAAAUGUCACGGCCGUAUUUGCACCAGCAUGUCUCUCUCAUGAACUACUACAGAAAAGUACCUGGCAGUCUGUUUCUGUAGAAGGAGUAAACCUAGCCCAGUCUAUAUACUGCUGGGAAAACAGCUUUGACGGCGAGAAAUGUCUCUCGGCUACCAGAAACAACAGUAUACGGCAGCGUGCAUUGACCGAUCCGCUGUUGAAAGACGAGCCAGCAGCUACUAAUAGUGUCAGUAGAAAGAAAAAACAAAGACGACGGGAAAAGAAACGACGUAAUCGUAAAAGGAAGAAUAGGAAAAGGAAAAACAAGAAAAGGAGAAGGCGUCAAAAGAAGAAGAAGAAUAAGAAAAACAAUAAAAAGGACCGCGGAAGACGUCGUUCAGGCCGCUCAGCCAAACAGAUGGCCAACUGUAGCCAUCACCUCAUAGAGCUAUGUCCCCUACCUCAGUGGUGCAAUGGGUUUUGCCCAGCAUUCCGGAAUCGCUUUACCGGAGAAGAGAUGGACUUCUUUAAACUUUUUGCUGUUUCCGGUAUUGAUCGGGCUAGCAUUGCAGAAAUUCUGGACGUCGAUCAGUCGUCGCUUAAUUCUAUGAACAUCGAUACCAUAUCGGAAUUAUUACUCGAUACAUUUCGACAUCGAGGCUCCUAGUAGCCGAAGUGUCCACAUUGUUAAACUGUUUGAAACAACUACGGGUCUGAAAAGUAAGCACCACCCUUGUUUGUGUACUCAACUCUUUAUUCAAAGACUUACUCAUGUGCACGCGCAUGCUUGCCGCGUGCAUUGUUUUGUUUCAGGUUGUUGGUAAAGUUUUUCACAGCUACAUAACAACUUUCAUAUUUUCUGAUGUAUUAAUGCACGUCUGGCUGGUUGUGUAUAGGUGUCUCUUAAUCCUCUUUAAUGAGCACGGUUAGCGUUGUUGAUCUGUUUGACGUAUAUAUGGUGUGGAAGGAAACAAAUACAAAUAUUCGUAUAUUGAUAAUAUCCUCAAAUACCUAUUAUGUAGAAAUAUAUAUAACUAACAUUUUAAAACAAGUAACAAAAUGAACUAUUGGCAUUUUACGCGAUAAGCUACCAAAACAGACUGGAAUUAUUUAAAAAAAACACACCACCAGAAUGUUCGAAUCACAUUUUGUACAAUAGACUCUAUCAAGUUGAUAGACAGGCUACUUGUUCAUAUCUCUUUUAUUUUUUUUAAUUUACAAAAAAUGUCUUUUCGACGCAGGACUAAUUUGAAUGUUGUUCAUUAAACGUAGAAGAUGUGUGGUUAAACAACGAAUAGACUGUUGUUCUGCCACCAGAUUCAGUGAGUUGGUUGUAUACGCUUUAAUCGUUUUCCCAAACUUUGUAUGGAACAUUGCAUUCAGGGAUAUAUUGUAUUGUAUGUUUGUUGUAAAUAUUAUUUGAUCAUUGUACAGAGAUAUAAGUAUUGAUAAUGGUAAUAUUGUGAAAACUUGUAUUAUUAUUAUAAUUAUGGUAAUAUUGUGGUAACUACAAAUGUACAUGUAUUACAACAUUAUGGUAACUAUGGCAGUAUUAUGGUAACUAUGACAAUAUGAUAAUUACUUUGGUAAUAUAGUUACAAUGGUUACAUUAUGGUAGCUAUGGUAAUAUUAUUGUAGCUAUGAUAGAACAAUGGUCACUAUGAUAAUAAUACGGUAACUACGGUAAUAUCAUUGUAACUACGGUAAUAUCAUUGUAACUAUGGUAAUACUAUAAUACCUUUGGUAAUGUUAUGGUGAUUACUAAUUGUUUGAUGCGUUUAGUUGUCGAUAUGACAAAAUUAGUGUUUAUUUUGAUGUUGAGACGGGUUACUACGGAGCUUCGUCCAUUCAAAGAUGGCGCCAUCUUAUGACGGCGAUAUUCAACUGGUUUGUCUGUUUAACGGUACGCAUGUUCAUGCAUCACAGACAAUUGUGUGAUUAAGUGUACACCACUAUUUAUAUAAUUUCCAACGGAAAGAAAUACAAGAUAAAUUGGUAGGGGUAAUAAAACAUGUAGGACGCUAAUUUGUUACACGACAGUGGUGAAACAUGUGUAUAGUAAACGUGUAUCACAUUCUGAUUCUUGAAUUAAAAAAUGAAAACAACUGUAAUCCUUUAAUAAAUACUCUAUUUCUUGUUUAGUCAGUAGCAGGGAAGUGCAUAGUUUGUUUAAAAAAAAAAAAAA